UUUUUUCAAAUGAACCACAUAGAAAGGCCGCAGGGAAAAGGCUCUAACAAAUUAUGCUGUUGGGCUUUCUUACUGACACUUUUCUCCCAUUGUGAAAAAAGUUAUAAAAUGUCUUUUCUUUUUUGGCACUCAGAUGAGUAUAGGAUCAAACCGGUGGAAGAGGUCAAAUACAUGAAAAAUGGGGCAGAAGAGGAGCAAAAAAUAGCAGCCAGGAACCAAGAAAACUUGGAAAAAAGUGCCAGUUCAAAUGUAAGACUUAAAACUAAUAAAGAGAUUCCGGGAUUAGUUCAUCAACCUAGAGCAAACAUGCACAUCUCUGAAAGCCAACAAGAAUUCUUCAGAAUGCUGGAUGAAAAAAUUGAAAAGGGUCGAGAUUACUGUUCGGAAGAAGAAGAUAUCACAUAGCACCAAUUCUACCACUCAAACCGGGAGCUACUACUGUGUAAAUAGGUUACACCCCACGUUGAAAUCUUUGCAAAGGUCGGUUCUCUUCAGCGAACAGCACUAUAGCAAAAGAAGAUCGUUCCAUAUCGUAUGCCCCAUUAAGUUACAAUGUUUCUUAAUGAACUUGCAAAGGAAUAUUGCUAAAAACAAACAAACAAAAAAACUGUUAUCGAACUUUCUUUGUUGCUGCUAGUUAAAACUUGUUGCAACUUUUCACUUCUCUCAGUGUCCAGGUCUGCAGCAAAAUUCUGCAAUUUCACCUUAAAGAUACUGUUGGUUUUACAGAUGCUCUCCAACCUAUUUUCUAUAAGAUGAGGUAGUGGUGAACUCAGAUAUCCAACUUCUGCUCUAGACCGGUUCCGCUUCUAAGACAAGCGCCUCCUUCCCUCUCUCCUCCCUCCCUGCCCUCCCCCCCCACCCCCCCAGCAGUCCAAAGCCUUGCUUCUCACUGGCAGUGUUGCGCUUUGCAGAUGGGACGGUUGCUAUGGCAAAAGCCUUGUUUCUCUGCGAAGAAGAAGUAGAGGCGCUGUUAUCGAUUAAAAGCAUGUUGUGACAUGACUCCUGGAGGUGACAUAGGAGCGAACGGCAGGUGGUUUCAUUUCCUGGGUCUCUUUAAUCAAAGAUCAAGCUUGCAGCGUCAGUUUUGCUCAGAUGCAGACGGAAGUGUGAUCACAAUCAUUUUGGAUCCCUCUUGCCUACUUUUUUUUCUAAGAAAAUAAACAUUUUACUGUUUUUA